GGAGGUGGGCGGGGCUUGAGGGAAGCGGAAGUGGCGGCUAGAACGGAAGUCGAACGGCGCAGUGAAUCCGCAGGAGAGGGGGCAGUGAGGAAGCAGAGCUUGCCCGAAUCUUUAAUCUCAAGAGUCAUCGUCGGAUCGCGGCUAUUUCAGGAUUCACUAUGGACAAGGCUGAAUUAAUUCAGAAGGCCAAACUGUCAGAACAGGCUGAGCGUUAUGAUGAUAUGGCUGCCGCAAUGAAGGCCGUGACAGAGCAAGGAGGAGAACUAAGUAAUGAAGAAAGGAACCUGCUCUCUGUUGCCUACAAAAAUGUGGUUGGUGCCCGCCGCUCUUCCUGGCGUGUGAUUUCUAGUAUUGAACAAAAAACAGAGGGCAAUGAGAAGAAGCAACAGAUGGCAAAAGAAUACCGUGAAAAAAUCGAGGCAGAGCUGUAUGAUAUCUGCAUGGAUGUUCUGGGUCUUCUGGAUAAAUACUUGAUUGCAUGUGCCACACCACCGGAAAGCAAGGUUUUCUACUUGAAAAUGAAAGGAGAUUAUUAUCGGUACCUUUCAGAAGUCGCAUCUGGUGAAAAAAAGCCAGAAACUGUAGCUUGCUCUCAACAAUCUUACCAGGAAGCUUUUGAAAUUAGCAAGACCGAGAUGCAGCCAACACACCCCAUUCGACUUGGAUUGGCUCUAAACUUCUCAGUGUUUUACUAUGAAAUUCUCAAUUCACCUGAGAAAGCAUGCAGUCUAGCAAAAGCAGCAUUUGAUGAAGCAAUAGCUGAGCUGGACACACUGAAUGAGGAGUCUUACAAAGACAGCACUCUUAUCAUGCAGCUACUAAGGGACAAUCUUACAUUAUGGACCUCAGAAAACCAGGGAGAAGAGGCUGAUAAUGUAGAGGGAGACAACUAACUGCCAUGCUUCAGUUUUUCCCUUUUUUUUUCUUUUUUUUUUCAAUUUUUUUUUUUAAUUUGUGUUUUUAUUAUUUCAGUCACUCUGUAUUGUAGACACAUAUGUUUUUGUGCGACAAGUAAAAGAAAAAAAUACAUUGACUUUCACAACCUCUGUGUAGCAGAACAAUGUGGAUUAAGGAAAAAAUGGCUAAUAGUUACUCAAAUAGAGUAAUACAUUCUAAGUAUAUAAUGGCAUUAAAAAUGUAUCUCAGUUUAUUAUGAGGCAAUUUAAAUUUGUAAUUAUGUCCUUGGGUGGUUGUGUUUUUUUUUUUUUUUGGUGUGUGUUUACUGAACACUGUGAUUAUGAGCUUUUGUCACUAACAUUAUAAUAGAAAUAUGUUCUCACAGACAACCUACCUAUUUUAAACAGUGCAGUUCUUCUGAAUCUGUUUUACAGAAUGUUGGCCACCGUACUGUGAAACUUUGGAUCAGUUGGAUUUGUACCAUAAUGUUUUGGGCAUAUUUCUGUAGUAAGGAAACUUUUUGAUUGCUACAUAUAUACAUUUCCUAGUUUGUAAAGCUGAAUACAAUCAAGUCUUGUUUUUGAGUAUUGACUCAGUGUAGAGUUUUCAACCUGGUUUAAUGCUCACACAUGCCACUUUAAUUUUUACAAAAUCAGGGGCUUGUACAGAAUACACUGUACAAUAAUAUCUAACUUUUUGCCAGUGUAGUUAUGUUGUCCAUUUAUAGACACGUAUUCUUUGGGGCAUACACCCUUUUGCAAACCCCCUCUGGUAUUUAUAACGGUUACAAAGAAGUUGUUAAAUAUAUGAGAAAUCUGAUCUUUUGGGGAUAUGUUUUCACAGUAUUUUAACUGUUUACAUUUCAUUUUUUAAUUCAAAUUACACGUUGUUCUGCUUGCCCUUCCUGAUCCUACUAUUCUGUUGAAACCGAUUUGCACAACCCACUUAGGUUGAACGCUUCCAAUAUAUAAAUUCUCUGCAAUGCAAUUUUUAUGUUCCUCUAACGACUCCUUAAUCAUUAUUGGUGAUAUUGGAACAUUAAGUUAUUCAGCAAUGUGUUCUAUAUAGUACUUUGGCAGUACCUAAAAUAACAAUUGGUAAAUUGUAUUUAACAGUGCUGUACUGUAUUCUGUUUGUAAUCACUGUCCCAAUUUAACCACAUCAUUCCCCUUUUUACCAUUCCACGUGGCUGUAUCUUUUCUAGGUGUCUGUCCAUCUGUCUGCUUCAUAGCAAAAUUCAUGCACUGAUUUUCAAAUUUCCCAAGUCGAACAAAACCGUGCAGUUAAGACUUGCGCUUGAUAAAUGCAGUAGUGAAUGUGGAACUGAGCCUGUCUGUAUAUCUGGUAGCUCUAUUUUGCUUUGUUUUUAACUGACCAGUAUUCUGCCUAAAGUUUGCUUCUGUGUUGGUUUUAUUACCUAGCACACACGUGGUUGUGAAAAUAGUCUAGCAAAAAAAAGCAAAGACAAAAAAAAAACUGGUUAUUGAUGUACUCAAAUUUGUGUAUGUAUUUUCAACAGUUCUAGUUUCACCCUGCACAGAAUAAUCAGGAACAUGUUAAGAAUUCAAGAGCAAAAUAAAUAAACAAUGUUAUCAGUUCA